AUGUUGAGGGAUAGAGAAAUGAGUCAUUAUCAGGCUCGCAGCUUAGAGCUUGAAGUUGAAGGGGAGCCACUCUUGGAUGCAAAUGCUUUGAAAGCAUUGAUCCACCUAUUACGAUUAGCGCAGAGCUAUUGCAGUUUACUGGAGUAUUUUGUAAAUUCUUCUUUGCUUCUAUCUCCAAACUCUGCAUCCCAGGCUCAGCUACUUGUUCAGCCUGUUGCAGUUGGUUUAUCAAUUGGGUUAUUUCCUGUUCCAAGAGACCCAGAGGUGUUUGUCCGUAUGCUGCAGUCUCAGGUUCUGGAUGUAAUACUUCCUGUCUGGAACCACUCUAUGUUUCCAAAGUGUAAUCCGGGUUUCAUUGCCUCUAUUGUUUCGCUUGUUACUCAUGUAUACUGUGGUGUUGGAGAUGUGAAGUGCAAUCGCAAUGGAAGUACAAACCAACGCUAUAUAGCACCCCCACCUGAUGAAGCUACUAUUGCCACAAUUGUGGAGAUGGGUUUUAGCAGGGCAAGAGCAGAGGAAGCACUGAGACGGGUGGAAACAAACAGUGUUGAGAUGGCCAUGGAAUGGUUGUUUAAAAUUCUUAACAAACUUGCUUCUUCUUUGCGGUCUUUCUUGACUGCUCUUGUGAAAGGAUUGACUUCGCCAAACCAUCAAAGAACUGAAACUGGGUUAUUGAGUUUAGCUUCAAAGAGCAUUGGAACUGCAUUGGCUACAAGUCAAUUGUUAUGGACACUGCCUUACUCUAUUCCAGCAUCUGGUAUUAAUCAAGGGAAAGGUGUUGAGGGAAGCAAGUUGUCUCACAGUCCAUGGCUGCUUGAUACAUGGCAGAGCUAUUGCAGUUUACUGGAGUAUUUUGUAAAUUCUUCUUUGCUUCUAUCUCCAAACUCUGCAUCCCAGGCUCAGCUACUUGUUCAGCCUGUUGCAGUUGGUUUAUCAAUUGGGUUAUUUCCUGUUCCAAGAGACCCAGAGGUGUUUGUCCGUAUGCUGCAGUCUCAGGUUCUGGAUGUAAUACUUCCUGUCUGGAACCACUCUAUGUUUCCAAAGUGUAAUCCGGGUUUCAUUGCCUCUAUUGUUUCGCUUGUUACUCAUGUAUACUGUGGUGUUGGAGAUGUGAAGUGCAAUCGCAAUGGUGGGUCAGGAAGUACAAACCAACGCUAUAUAGCACCCCCACCUGAUGAAGCUACUAUUACCACAAUUGUGGAGAUGGGUUUUAGCAGGGCAAGAGCAGAGGAAGCACUGAGACGGGNAAAAUAA